UAUUCCCGUAACUAGAUAAAUAAAAAUAUCAAAGCUCUCUGAGACAUGGAAAGAAAUAGUGUAACAGAUGGCAAAGAGGACUUUAGCUUAAAGAAGCACAAUCAUUUCAAAAAGCAAAUCAUUUGUCACUUUCUUCUACUUCUUCACCUAUCAUCCCCAAAAACACUUUCCUUUUUCUCUCAUUAAGAACUCCCCCUUUCCGACGUCGUUUUAGCUAAUUUAGUGACACAACCCCUUUGAGACCAGCCAUUACAGAGAUGCAAGAUCCUCAUGUGCCAUCUUCUCCCACCAUCUCCUCCGUCUCUUCCUCCGAUCUUGAUACCGAGUCUACAGGAUCGUUCUUCCAUGACAGAAGCAUCACACUGGGAACGCUUAUGGGAUUUAGUUUCACUGCAACUAUGCCGAUGCCAUUUAGAGCUUCUUCGCACCGCCACGGCCACGUGUCACCCUCCGUCGCAGUCUCACGAGCUUCCAGCUCCAAUGCAAGACGCCACCACCAGAGGAAGCGUCCUCCUUUAAAUUCGGCUGAGCCUCAUCAGCGGCAUCGCCGUCGCAAGUGGUGGCGCUUUUGCCGAGAUGACGAUGACGACGCCGGAAUCCACCGUGCCACCGGAGAUUCAAAGCGGUCAUCGCUCGGGGAAUAUCUAGAGGUGGAACGGAGGUUUGGAGAUGAAGCCGUUUACAACUCCGCCGAAGCAGAGUUAGAGGGUGCGGUGGUGGCGCGGUACCAAGAUCAGCAGCCGGUGAUGGGGGAGCGGGCAUUGUUCUCUGACGGAAGGGUUCUUCCUCCGGCUUCAGUUGAAGCUGUUACCGGAGAAGGUACGCCGGUGGCCUCGGCUCUUUGUAGAUUCCCGGUUUCUUUAACCGGUAUAUGCAGUGGUGGCGGAGGAUAAUUACGUCGGUUCAUGUGUGUGUGUGUUUUGUUUUAGUUCUUCUUUGUAUUUAGACUUAAAAUUGAAUCAUUGUUUGUGGAAAAUAUAACAUGAUGAUGUAGUCAUUGUCAAAAUAAUUUAUUUGAUAAAUAAU